AUCAGAAUAUUUUUUGGUGGAAUCUAAUUGGACGUAUUGUCCAAUUGGACAGCUGAUAUCUUCGUUAAACUUUAUUGUGAUAUGGCAAUAUUACAGCACGGCUUUUUCUAGUUUGCUUUAGCUUGACAUUCUGCAUACGCUUUUUCUGGCUUCCUUCUCGACGAAGUUUGACAAUUCAGCAGUUUAAUUUGCAAAAACUCGAAAAGACUUUCAUUCAUUUCAUUAUUUUUAACAAAUUCUAUUAGCUCAAAAAAUAUAAAUUUAAAAUGUCUGAAAAUAAUGAUACCUCCAACGAAUCAAACAGUCUUGGUAGCGAUUCAAUCUUACAGUCAUCGAGGUUAACUGGAGGUGGUGUAAAUCCGGUUAUACGCUCGGGAGUAUUGCGACCGUCAGUACUUGGUCCUUCAGUUUUGGGUGCAGCAGCGCUGGGCAACAGCAACAACAAUUCGCUUGCUAAUGUCAAUGCAAAUUCGAUUUCCAAUUCAACAGCUACUAGUAAUAAUGGUGAUGACGAAGAGGACUCUGUAAGCAGCACAACCAAUCAUAAUCCUUUUAUGCGUGAACAGAAAGACGAAGAUGAGGAGGAGAGCACAGAAAAUGAUUCGAAUGCUGCAGAAGGAGCUGUUGGAGGCGAACCAGCUAGUGAGAAGGCGACGGAGGAAAAAAAAUCGGCAGACGAUGAUGAACCGGAUGAACGGUCAGAUCCCUUGAGCUUGCUUCGCAAAAAUGGGCUCGAACGGGCAAAUCUAUUUGCCGCGGCCAAAAGCUCUAUGCCGCUGGUGGAAAAAUCGGGAUUUGUUUUUGGACAAAAUGUGCAUGAACGUGUUGUUGGCGAGAAUAUUAAUCCUGAUGGUGUACAGAGAGCAGACAAUGCCGAGGCGAGCUGUUCUACUUCUGGAGAAUUGCUGUUUUCAAGUGUUAUACAAAAUGCAGCCAAGGCAGGGGAGUCUGACAAAGGUGCCACGCCAAAAGAGAAUGAAACAAAAACACUAACCGAUGUAGCGCGUGAAUACGAAGAAAGUCGUGCACAGAAGCGCAAAUACGAGGAGGUAGAAACAUUCACAGGCGAAGAGAAUGAAAUAAACAUUGUCGAUGUAAAUUGUAAGUUAUUUGCCUUCGUCAACAGCAACUGGGAAGAGCGUGGGCGUGGCAGUCUUCGUUUGAAUGACUCGAAAAAUGAACAAGAAUGCUCUCGUGUUGUGUUUCGAACAUCGGGCAAUCUGCGCCUUUUGCUUAAUACAAAAGUUUGGGCUGGUAUGGUAGCUCAACGUCCAAGCAACAAAUCACUGCGCCUUACUGCAAUGGACAAUACUGGUAAAAUCAAAAUAUUCUUAGUGAUGGGGCGCCCGGCGGAUAUGGCGCUACUGCAUAAAGAGUUACUAGAGAGAAUUGAACUCCGAAAAAUAUCACAUCCGGAAGAAUGCCGUGCGCCGGCAGAAACGAAGAAUGGAAUUGGAUCAGCAGCCAAUCAUGAAGAGGAGGCAAAGGAAGCUGAAGCCAUCGCUGUACCAGAUCACGAAGAUUGCACAGAGCCAAGUCCCAAAAAGCCAUUGGUUAAUGAGGAAAAGAACUAAUACACCGUUUUUAUAAAACAAAAAAACAAAAAAAAAAAAACAAAAAAGGAAAG